AGGUUGAUAUCUUUGACAGCUCAUUGACUUCAUAGUUUUGUAAAAUUGCCUACAAAUUUUGAUCGAUAUAUUUCAUUUUUUGUUUUUUUUUUUUUUUUGGUAACUUGUUAAAUAUAAAUGAUUUCAUGGUACAGUUAAUACUUUGAGACCGUUAAGACAUAAUAAUAUAAAUAGGAAAAAAUAUGCUUUCACUGGAACGUAUACCAGAUCAAAUUGGGCAUCUAAUUUUGACAGAGGAUGGAGCUGUAUUAACGUCUGGAGGUGAAUUGGAAAAUGAUGAGAGAUUUGCAAACAUUGUUAUAGGAUUAAUCACGCUAACCAAUAAAAUUGAUCCCAAAGCAUUUCCUAAUAACGAGACUUUUGAUAAAAUAUCAAUAACAUAUCCAGAUCAUUGUUAUAUUAUUUGUCUCUCAAACAAAAAGAUCCAUGUAGUGAAAAAAAAAUUGACAUCCUCAACAACUGCAGCUGUAGAACAACCUCUUAUUGAUGUAUAAAUGAAUGUCACCCAUACAUGCAAAAAUAAAACGAAUGAAACCGGAA